CCAUCCUGGGAAACAGGACUGCUAGCAGUAAAGAUGGAGGAGCCAGGGUCCCCGCCCCCUCCAGCCCCCAAGGCUGCCUUGGGCCUCGUUAACAGCCACUCUGAGUUGAACAACUACCGGCGGGCCAUGAAGAAGAUGGCAGAGGACAUCCUGUCGCUGCAGAAACAUGCCAGCAUGCUGGAGGGGGAGAACCGCACGCUGCGGAGCCAACUGACCGAGCUGGAGGCAGAAGAGGAGGAGGGCACAGCCCAGGAGGCCCAGAGUCUGGUGUCCAUGAAGCAGAAACUGCUGCUGAGAGAGAUGGACAUGAAGAAACUGAGGGACAAGGUGCAGCAUCUGCAGAACGAGCUGAUUCGAAAGAAUGAUCGAGAGAAGGAGCUGCUCCUUCUGUACCAGGCUCAGCAGCCACAGGCUGCUCUGCUCAAACGGUACCAGGACAAGCUGCAGAAGAUGAAGGCGCUGGAGGACACCGUGAGGCACCAGGAGAAGGUGAUCGAGAAGAUGGAGCGGGUGCUGGAGGACAGGCUGCGGGAGAGGAUGGAGCCCCCGCCUCCCAGCAGGCUGCAAGGCAAGCCCAACAUGGGUGCAUCCGCUCCCCGAACCCUACCUAUGCUCUCAGGCUCUGGCCUUCCCCUGGGUUCUACAGGAGAGAACCUGCCAGGCGACCUUUACUCAGUGCUGCUGGCAGAAAACUCAAGGCUGCGGGCAGAGCUGGAUAAGAACCGCCACCAGUCAGCCCCCAUCAUUCUGCAGCAGCAGUCCCUGCCGGUGGACCCCGGGGAGUUGGGAGCAGGAGGAGACUUGGCAGAGAGGCUGCAAGAGACAGAUGGCCCAGGCCACUCCAAGUGCACAGACACCCUUCCCACACAGGAUAUCCUCAGCAGUUCCUCAGACAAGUUUAACCUCCUGGCCAAACUGGAACGAGCUCAAAGCCGGAUCCUGUCCCUAGAGAGCCAGUUAGAGGACUCAGCUCGACGCUGGGCACGUGAGAAGCAGGACUUGGCCAUACGGCUGCAGGAGCAAGACAAUGGCUCCAGAUACCCCUCAAACUCCAUCAUCACAGAACAGCCAGUGAGUGACCCCUCCAGAGGAGCUACUGGGGGUUCAGGUGAUAGAGCAGGAAGCCACCCCAUCCCCCAAGUUACCAGGCCCUGA